AUGGAAACUUCAGCUAAAGCGAAUUCCAACGUGAAAGAAGUGUUUCAAGAAUUGCUUCGUAUGGAGACACGACGCAACAUGACAUUGGUGGGCGAGGUGAAAAAUCGCUCCAGGUUCUCCCGAUUUUUUCGACGGCGAUACACCACAUUACCAGAAUCCUCCUCACGCGUGACUGCGGCCACCUCGGACGGUUCGCUUGAAUCACCGGAUCUUCCACGACAGCUAAACACCUCACCUGUUGUGCCGGGAGAAAACGCAAAAGAGAAAAAAUCCAAACUUUCCGAAUUUUUGAAACGAAAGAAAUCUAAGUCACCAACGUCGAACUCGACGAAAGGAGAGAACUCAAAAUCAUAG